CACUGAUCCCCUCCGCCUAGCCUGCAGUAUGGAGCUGAACUUGGGCCGGCACAGCGGCGACAUCCUCCGCAAGAACCCGCAGCACGACUUCGAGCUCAUCCAGCGGGUCGGCAGCGGCACCUACGGGGAUGUGUAUAAGGCUAGAAAUCUACAGACGGGAGAGCUGGCCGCAGUGAAGAUUAUUAAACUGGAGCCUGGUGAUGAUUUCUCCUUAAUCCAGCAAGAGAUCUAUAUGGUGAAGGAAUGUAAACAGAUCAAUAUUGUGGCUUACUUCGGCAGCUAUCUCUGCCGGGAGAAGCUAUGGAUCUGUAUGGAGUUCUGUGGUGGGGGAUCCCUGCAGGACAUCUACCAUGUUACUGGACCACUGUCCGAAAACCAAAUCGCCUAUAUGUGUCGUGAGACCCUUCAGGGUCUGGCAUAUUUGCACAGUAAGGGGAAAAUGCACAGAGAUAUUAAGGGUGCCAACAUACUACUUACAGACAAUGGAGAUGUCAAACUAGCGGACUUCGGUGUGGCAGCAAAAAUAACAGCAACAAUUGCCAAGAGGAAAUCUUUCAUCGGAACCCCAUACUGGAUGGCCCCAGAAGUGGCAGCCGUGGAGAAGAAUGGAGGAUACAACCAACUCUGUGAUAUCUGGGCUGUCGGUAUCACUGCAAUAGAGCUUGCAGAGCUGCAGCCACCAUUGUUUGAUCUGCAUCCAAUGAGAGCUUUGUUUCUAAUGUCGAAGAGUAACUUCCAGCCCCCUAAGCUAAAGGAGAAACUGAGAUGGACGCCAGUGUUUCAUAACUUUGUCAAAGUUGCUCUCACUAAAAAUCCAAAGAAAAGGCCAACCGCUGAGCGAAUCCUGACUCAUACGUAUGUGGCACAAGGGGGUCUUUCCAGAUUCCUGGCUCUGGAGCUUCUUGAUAAGGUGAACAACCCAGAUCAUCAUCACCAUUAUAUUGAGCCUGAUGAGGAUGACCUGGAGCCAGUCUUGGCGGUGCGACACACCAUUCGUUCUACAAACAAGGGAAUGAGAGCAGAGAGGACCGCAUCAGAGCUCAACUUUGACAAACUGCAGUUUGAGCCUCCACUCAGGAAGGAGACGGAAGCCAAUGAAAUUGGAGGAAGUCAGGAUAACGAAUUCUCGCAUAGCUGGAAUCCUUUUGCUAAUGGCGCUAACAACAGCGAUUCUACUAUGAAAAAAGCUGUUCCCCCACCACUACCUCCUAAGCCGGUGAGGAUGAACAGCUGCCCGGAGAAUAAUAUGGACGAGGACGAGAGAUCCAGCACAAUCAAAUAUCAACCGGAUAACAGGGCUCCCCAGUUCCCCCGGAGGCAGAGCUCUCCAGGUUGUGGUCGCCAUACUGCACCCCCCAAUAAUGUGCUCUGUAGCAGCAUCAGCAGCCCCGGACUGACCAGCAGUAAAUUCUUUGAGAUGGGCAAUGGGGAGAAACUAAGUAGCCCAGUUGGGGAAAGCUCCAAGCCACAACUGCCACAGAAGAAAGAAAGGAAGGAUUUCCCGAAACCAGCAAUAAAUGGAUUACCACCCACCCCAAAAGUACUUAUGGGAGCCUGUUUUUCAAAGGUUUUCGAUGGGUGCCCUUUGAAGAUAAACUGUGCCACAUCAUGGAUACACCCAGAUACGAAAGAUCAAUAUAUCAUCUUUGGCACGGAGGAUGGAAUCUACACCUUAAAUCUGAACGAGCUUCAUGAAGCCACAAUGGAGCAGCUGUUUCCCCGAAAGUGCACUUGGCUGUAUGUCAUUCAUAAUACCCUCAUGUCCUUGUCAGAAGGGAAAACUCUGCAGCUUUAUUCACACAAUCUAAUAGGUCUGUUUGAACAAGCCAAGAAACCCGGCCUAGCAGGUCAUAUACAAACACAUCGCUUCCCAGACAGGAUAUUACCCAGGAAGUUUUCUCUCACUACAAAGAUCCCAGAAACAAAGGGUUGCCACAAGUGCUGUAUUGUACGUAACCCAUACACGGGGCACAAGUAUCUGUGCGGGGCACUGCCCUCUGGCAUUGUGCUAUUACAGUGGUAUGAGCCCAUGCAGAAGUUCAUGUUGAUACGGCACUUUGACUUCCCCCUUCCAAGCCCAAUGAGGGUGUUUGAAAUGCUGGUGAUCCCAGAGCAGGAAUACCCCAUGGUGUGUGUGGCUGUCAGCAGAGGAAUAGAACCCAAUCAGAUUGUUCAGUUCGAGACCAUCAACCUGAGCUCCGCCUCUUCAUGGUUUACAAAGAUUGGAACAGGUGGUCACCAGAUCGAGGCCAUACAUGUGACACAGCUGGAGAGAGACACCGUGCUGGUCUGCCUGGACCGUUACGUGAAAAUAGUAAACCUCCAGGGGAAACUCAAGUCCAGUCGCAAACUGGCCUCAGAGCUCAGCUUUGACUUUCACGUCGAGUCUGUCGUGUGCCUGCAGGACAGCGUGCUGGCUUUCUGGAAGCACGGAAUGCAAGGAAAGAACUUCAGAUCCAAUGAGGUUACGCAAGAGAUUUCAGAUGAAUCGAGAGUCUUCCGCCUACUGGGAUCGGACAGGGUGGUGGUUUUGGAAAGCAGACCUACAUCCAACCCGACAGCUCACAGCAACCUGUACAUCUUGGCCGGCCACGAGAACAGCUACUAAAGUCGUCACAGACCAGUGUUUAAGAAAUACGACAUAGGAAUUUAAAUUCCAUCACAAACGCCUUCUUUUUGGACUCUACAAGCUGAUAGCGCCCCGACCUGUAUUUUAUUGAUGGUAUCUGUAUUAUUUGGUAGGACUGUUUUUAACCUUUUUUUUUUUUUUUUGUGAUGCUGGAAACAGCUGCACUUUUCACCACCGUGUGGUGUUGGUUUUUAAUUGAUUGCUUAACAAAAAGCUGUGACAUGCAGCCCUCUUAUGACACGUGGAAGGGGGUGGGAGAAGCAAAGCAUUACUAUGUUCUUAUAGAGAAAAUUAAGGGGUGCCUUCUCAUAUUUUCUGUUACCUUUUGGCCGUAGCCCGGCUGGCUUUUCCUUUUUUU